UUCGGGCUAGGUUGAGUGAGGGCUCUUGGGUUAGUUCCUGUUAGGCCCCGGCCGGGGGAGUAGGUUGAAGUCUCGUAAGAUGCCCGGUGGGCUAAGAUACUGGGGGUUGUGAAGGGAGCGUGAGGAGGCGGCGAGURGAGACCCACGGCAGGCCUGAAAAAGAGCGGCGGCCGAGCCCGCCUUCCCUGCACCAUGCUCAUAGAGGAUGUGGAUGCCCUCAAGUCCUGGCUGGCCAAGUUACUGGAGCCGAUAUGUGAUGCUGACCCAUCAGCCUUAGCCAACUAUGUUGUAGCACUGGUCAAGAAGGACAAACCUGAGAAAGAACUGAAAGCCUUUUGUGCUGAUCAACUUGAUGUCUUUUUACAAAAAGAAACUUCAGGUUUUGUGGACAAAUUAUUUGAAAGUCUCUAUACUAAGAACUACCUUCCACCUUUGGAACCAGUUAAACCUGAACCAAAACCACUAGUCCAAGAAAAGGAAGAAAUUAAAGAAGAGGUUUUUCAGGAACCAGCAGAGGAAGAGCGAGAUGGCAGAAAAAAGAAAUAUCCUAGUCCCCAGAAGACUCGUUCAGAAUCUAGUGAACGAAGGACACGUGAGAAAAAAAGAGAAGAUGGCAAGUGGAGGGACUAUGACCGGUACUAUGAACGGAAUGAAUUAUACCGUGAGAAGUAUGACUGGAGAAGAGGCAGGAGUAAGAGCCGGAGUAAGAGCCGAGGCCUGAGUCGAAGUAGAAGCCGAAGUAGGGGACGCAGCAAAGACCGGGAUCCAAAUAGGAAUGUUGCAGAACACAGGGAAAGAUCAAAGUUUAAGAGUGAAAGGAAUGACCUGGAGAGUUCUUAUGUGCCUGUGUCUGCACCACCUCCAAACUCUUCUGAGCAGUAUUCCUCUGGGGCACAAUCUAUUCCCAGCACUGUUACUGUGAUUGCACCUGCUCACCAUUCUGAAAACACAACUGAGAGUUGGUCUAAUUACUAUAACAAUCAUAGCUCUUCCAAUUCUUUUGGUCGAAACCCACCACCAAAGAGGCGAUGCAGAGAUUAUGAUGAAAGAGGAUUUUGUGUACUGGGGGACCUUUGUCAGUUUGAUCAUGGAAAUGAUCCUCUAGUUGUUGAUGAAGUUGCUCUGCCAAGUAUGAUUCCUUUCCCACCCCCUCCUCCUGGGCUUCCUCCUCCACCACCUCCUGGAAUGUUAAUGCCUCCAAUGCCAGGCCCAGGCCCAGGCCCAGGGCCAGGCCCAGGCCCUGGUCCAGGCCCAGGCCCAGGUCCUGGCCAUAGUAUGAGACUUCCUGUUCCACAAGGACAUGGUCAACCUCCACCUUCUGUUGUGCUUCCCAUACCAAGACCACCCAUAUCACAGUCAAGCUUGAUAAACAGUCGUGACCAGCCUGGGACAAGUGCAGUGCCCAAUCUUGCACCAGUGGGAGCAAGACUACCUCCUCCCUUACCCCAGAACCUCCUUUAUACAGUAUCAGAACGACAGCCCAUGUACUCUCGUGAACAUGGUGCUGCUGCAUCUGAGCGACUUCAGUUGGGGACACCGCCUCCUCUGUUGGCUGCUCGUUUGGUGCCACCUCGAAACCUCAUGGGAUCCUCCAUUGGGUAUCAUACCUCAGUCUCCAGCCCCACCCCUCUGGUCCCAGAUACUUAUGAACCUGAUGGUUAUAACCCAGAAGCUCCUAGUAUUACCAGCUCUGGUAGAUCACAGUACAGACAGUUCUUUUCAAGAACACAGACACAGCGUCCCAACCUGAUUGGUCUAACAUCUGGAGAUAUGGAUGCAAAUCCAAGAGCUGCUAAUAUUGUCAUCCAGACUGAACCACCAGUUCCUGUUUCAAUUAAUAGCAACAUAACCAGAGUAGUUCUUGAACCAGAUAGCCGAAAAAGAGCUAUGAGUGGUUUGGAAGGGCCACUCACAAAGAAACCUUGGCUGGGAAAGCAAGGGAAUAACAAUCAGAGUAAACCAGGAUUCUUGCGAAAGAAUCAGUAUACAAACACCAAAUUAGAAGUCAAGAAAAUCCCUCAGGAAUUGAACAACAUUACCAAGCUCAAUGAACACUUCAGCAAAUUUGGAACUAUUGUUAAUAUCCAGGUUGCUUUUAAGGGUGAUCCUGAAGCAGCCCUCAUCCAAUACCUUACCAACGAGGAGGCCAGGAAGGCUAUUUCUAGCACAGAAGCAGUUCUAAACAACCGAUUUAUUCGAGUUCUGUGGCAUAGGGAAAACAACGAGCAACCAGCACUGCAGUCCCCAACACAGCUUCUCCUGCAACAACAGCAAACAUUGAGUCAUCUCUCACAGCAGCAUCAUCACCUGCCACAGCACCUUCAUCCGCAGCAGGUGCUGGUGCCCCAGUCUCCUCCUCCUUCAGUGCAUGGAGGUAUCCAGAAGAUGAUGGGCAAACCACAGACAUCAGGUGCAUAUGUUCUUAACAAAGUUCCUGUUAAACAUCGUCUUGGACAUGCAAGUGGUAACCAGAGUGAUGCGUCACACUUGUUGAAUCAGUCCGGUGGUGCUGGGGAGGAUUGCCAGAUAUUUCCAAGUCCAAGCCAUCCAAAAACGAUUUACAGCUCCUCAAACUUAAAGACACCUUCAAAACUUUGUUCAGGGUCUAAGUCUCAUGAUGUUCAAGAAGUUCUUAAAAAAAAACAGGAAGCAAUGAAGCUACAACAAGAUAUGAGGAAAAAGAGGCAAGAAAUGUUGGAAAAACAAAUAGAAUGUCAGAAGAUGCUGAUAUCUAAGCUUGAAAAAAACAAAAACAUGAAACCAGAAGAAAGAGCAAAUAUAAUGAAGACUUUGAAAGAGCUUGGAGAAAAGAUCUCACAAUUAAAAGAUGAAUUAAAAACUUCUUCUGCAGUCUCCACACCAUCGAAAGUAAAGACAAAAACAGAGGCCCAGAAAGAGUUACUAGAUACUGAACUAGACCUUCAUAAGAGAUUAUCCUCUGGAGAAGACACAACAGAAUUACGGAAAAAACUCAAUCAGUUACAGGUUGAGGCUGCACGAUUAGGUAUUUUACCUGUGGGUCGAGGAAAGACCAUGUCCUCUCAAAGUCGAGGAAGAGGCCGAGGCCGUGGAGGAAGAGGGAGGGGCUCACUAAAUCACAUGGUGGUGGACCACCGCCCCAAAGCACUAACAGUUAGGGGAUUCAUUGAGGAGGAAAAAGAUGAAUUACUUCAGCAUUUCUCAGCUGCAAACCAAGGGUCAAAGUUCAAAGACCGUCGGCUACAAAUAUCAUGGCACAAGCCCAAGGUACCAUCUAUAUCCACUGAGACCGAGGAAGAAGAAGUCAAGGAAGAGGAAACAGAAACCUCAGAUUUGUUCUUGCAUGAUGAUGAUGAUGAAGAUGAAGAUGAAUAUGAGUCUCGUUCAUGGCGAAGAUGAAAUCUGAUGCAAGCUGUAUAAUUUUUAGGAAUAUUGUUUAGAAGAACAACUUUUUAAAAUUAUUUAAAGAAGUCAAUGAGCCAAAAAAAAAWUUUUUUUAUUUUUCUUUUCAACACAGUAGAUUUAAGGACAGCAAGUUUGCUAUUUAAACACAUCUCAUAAUUGUACAUGAUAUUAAAGCACCAAAGGCCUAGUGACUUUUAUGCAGUUGUGAAGAUCCACAGGAAUGACAUGGAUAAUCUCUAGAGCCUUAUUUUCCACACCACCUGUUUUUGUUGCUAUUGGUGUUGGAUUAUGAUGUAAAUGACAGGGUGUUCAGAAAUUUUAUUUUGGAUUAUAAUCUGAUAAAAUUUCAUUAAAUGUCAAAAUCGCCUGGAAUCUCUUAACUCUCAGCUAUUAUGAAUGGGUCGUCAGACAGUAGGAGAUAUUUGUAAUUAAAAUACCCUUUUGCUUUCAAGAGUUGUCUUGGAAGAAAAGUAAAUUUAAUUUUUUUACUGUGGAGCAGCCCAGUUUGUAUUCACUCUCAGUUUUUUCAGGGUUUUAUGUGCAGUAGUGCUAUUUCAGUGAAAAUCACAACAAACUCUGUUCUCAAAUGCUACAAGGCAAUGGUAGCUAGCUACAAGGUAUUUCUAUCCUCAUAUUAACUCCUAAACUUUUCCUGCUGCUGAUCUUUGCUUUGAUAUUUAGUGAAUUGGUUCAGUUGAUCCCUUUUUUUAAAAACUCAAAAUGUAAAAGGCUUUCACCUGUUCACCCUUUCUCGUUCCCUGUUUUCUUCCUGUUGCCUUUUUAGUCAUAGGUGUGACUUACCCAUUAUUGAGAUGAGUGAUUUAGUUGGGCCAUCAAGAGUCAUUCCCCAAUAAAAAGUUUUAAAACACCACCUUGAUAAAUAAGUGAUAUUUUGAUAAAUAAAAGGGGAGAGUCACCAGCUUCUCCCCCCACCCCUUAAAGGUUCAGUUUAGUUAUAGUUAGACAAAAGGGUUAAAAUGUGUCCGAAAUUCUUUUCCUAAAUUUAAACCAUGAUGGUGAGGUGACUGGGGGUAGAAUGGGGGUGGGGUAGGAGGCUGGGUAUGCUAGUAAUAAAUGGGAGUCAUAACUUGACUUUGAUCAGAUGACCUUAUAUUUUCGUAAUUUUGUAGCUUGUUGCUAUCCAUGAACAUAUGCAUCCUUUAGUAGACAGCUUCCUUUACUGUGUGCAUUUUUACUGUACACUGUAUAGUAUAUCUGUUAAGUAAAAUAUAUAUGUAAAUUUAUGUCCUUGUGUUCUAAAUGUUAGAUGGAAAAGCAGAGGAGCAACACUACACUGUAUUGACCCCUAGGGAAAUAAAAUGAUUAAUGUACAUAGGAUGUUACUUUUUCAAGGAUAUACACAUCUGUGUUUUUAUAUGUGUGUGGUGUGAAAAUUUGAAACCUUUUGGCUUCAGAAGGUUCUUGGUGAUCACUAUAUCAAGGAUUUUGUUUCCUGAGGUAAAGAUUUGUUUCUGAAAGGAGAAACUAUUCACUAAGAAACUUAAAACCUUCAGGACUCUAGAUUUACGUAGCUUCAAAAAGUUAAAUCCCAUGUUCUGAUCAUCCUUUUCCUUCUACAUAUUUUCCUGGAAUGAUGUGUCAAACCAGGGUCAUUUAUAAGUUCGUGUAAUUUUCCCUUAAUAAUAAGGACUUCCUCUUUCUAGGUUAUUGUUAUAUUUCUGAUAACACUGAAGCUAAAAUAAGCUUAUAAAAGAAGGAGAACAUUAGAAUGGGGUACCUAGAAUAAGCAAUCUUGCUCCUUACUCCUCCAUCAUCUCUAAUGAAAUUUUCUUGAUGUCUGUGGCUCAGUCAGUAUAUAUUUUGAAAGAUUCAUUGUGGUGAAUAUUUUGAGUCCUGACAAUUUAAACGUGAUAGAGGGAACAAAGGAUUUAUAUAUUUUUUGUACAAAGUUUUUUCUUAAACUGUAUAAUUUUGUAAAUAAUUUGUUUGGUUUUUUUUUUCUUUUGUGUACUAAAACUACCAGCGUAUAGAUUUCAAUAAGAAUUGUUGUAUUUUUGUAUUUGGAAACUGAAAAUUACAGUAAAUUAAUGGAGCUGUAAGAAAAUUUUCAGUAGACUGACAGUUCAACAGAAUGAGAUUCCUUUUCAUAUGAUUUUUUAACUUCAAAGUUGACAUCUUAACUGUACUCUCACUAUAGAGUGAGUUGAGGAUUUCUUUGACUUUUAGUUACUGGGGGCAGGGGAUGAAAGAGAAGGAUGCUAAAGUGAAGAACAGAUGGAUAGUUUUUUUUCAUUAAGGUUUGAGGUCCUUUCUAUAAGACUUCAUUUUCAGUGUACCUUAAAUAGAACUAAAAAAUAUUAAAAUGUCCUAAGAAUUCUAAAACAUGCUUGAUUCUCAAAUGAAUUCAGAACAUGAAUUAAUUGUAUUAUAAAAUUUAAGAUUAGUAUUAAGUAGUUGAAUACACACACACACACACACCACACACACACACACACACACACACACACACACACACUUUUUCCCCUUUGGGAAUUUUUUUACCGGCAUCCUCUCCAACUCUUAGAAUUCUCUAAAAAGCAAAUAACUACCGUGACUUUUUUUUCUCGACACCUUUAUUUACAUAAAUAAUAUACAGCAUCAAGGCAAAUUCUGCUGUUCUUCUUAAUGUGUAGUUGAUCAGCAAUAAAAGCCAUUAGUAUGGCUAGGUCAGGUUGAGUUACUGGAUUUCUGCCCAAGCCUAAAAAGGUAACCUUAAGGAAUACAAAAUUUCUCUCAAUUUCUUCAUGUCAUAUUGGGAAAAUAUUGUCACCAGCUAAGAUAAUAAAUUGGAAAACAGUCUUGUUAAAGUGAAAAAGGUCCAUUAUGAUGGAUCAUUAUUUCAAAAAAAGAAGAAAAAAAUCAUGUGAAAAGGAAUAGUGGUUCCUCUUGAUGUAUAGUAUGCCUGUAUUAUAGUUUUUACAAAAUUGUGAACUUGUGUAAUAGUAAAAUAGGAGAUAUUGUUGAAUUUCUAACUGUUUAUACAUUUAAAUUCAUAUAUGUAAUGUUUGUUUUAUUGAUUACAAUCUGAAUUUCUUAAGAAGCAUGUUGACUUUUGCAAUAAAGAUGCAAUAUGGAAUGGUUCACAAUUGGGAAAAAAAGAAAAAAAAUGAAAGUAUUACAAAUUUAAAAGAAUUCGGAAAAUUUAUGAACCAUUCCAAAAAUUAUAACAAUCACCAAAAGAGCUGUAAUUCUGGCUUGUUCUGGAAAGAAAGAAUAUGCGUGUGUAUGCUUGCUCAUGAGAGAGUGUGAGCAGUAGGUAUGUAUGUGUGCUUUCUGUUGGGUUCAAGUAUAUGAACGAAUGUUAUCCAAUAUGAAUUUGGGUUCAGAGUUACUGGCUAUUAAAUGUCCAGGUGAACAGCUCCCUGAUCAGGGUAGUCUAGAGAAUGAAAGAGAAGUCUAUUAAAGUGCUCCUUGUAAGUGACCAUUGAUAGCCAUAUUUUUUUGGUCAUGGAUAGAUGUUAGUAUCCCAGAUACAAAGCACAAACAAUAUUAUGAAAACAGUUAUAUUAUUGUGAAGAUAUUCACUUUGUGUGCCAAUAAUAGGAAGGACAUUUUCCUUAUGUAGAACAGGAAAAAGAGAAAGAAUACCUAGAAGAGAUGACUUAAAAGAUAUUUAAGUUCUAAAUGUGAUGAAGAUUUUGUAAGGAUUAACUAGAGAAGGCAGUGAUCUUACACACUGAGGUGGUGAUGGGAAAGGGAAGGAGGAAUAUUUCACAGGGGUUCCUAUUUUCUCAUUUUAAAAAUUGCUCUUUUUAAAAUUCUCCUU